CUUCCACCCCAAUCUCUCUCUACAAAUCUGAACUUUCUAUCUCUAAAAUCCUAUAUCGAUUUUUCUGAAAUUAUGGCUCAGAGGACAGAGAAAGAGGAGACGGAAUUCAAGGUCGUCCCCGAAACAUUAACCCUCUGCGUCAACAACUGCGGCUUCACCGGCAACCCCGCCACCAACAUGAUGUGCCAAAAGUGCUUCAACGCCUCCACCGCCACCACCUCCGCCGCCGUUUCCGGCAUCGUGACUCCUCAAAAAUAUUCCGCCUCCGCCAGAUCUACCUCCUCUCGGUCUCCGGUGAGGUCCUCCAAUCCUGCGGAGACCGAUCGGGCUUCCGUGGCUGAUGGAUCUCAGGCGGUGGGGACCAAGAGGGAGGUGAAUCGGUGCUCCGGUUGCCAGCGAAAGGUCGGUCUGACUGGAUUCCGGUGCCGGUGCGGCGAGCUGUUCUGCGGCGAACAUCGGUACUCCGACCGCCAUGAUUGCAGCUUCGACUACAAAACGGCGGGCCGAGAGGCGAUCGCGAGGGAGAAUCCGGUGGUCAAGGCUGCGAAGAUCGUUAGAGUUUGAAAACGAACAUAUACAUACAUAUAUUUGAAAUUCGAAUGGAAUGAAAUGAAAUGAAAUUCAGAGAUCGGAGAGGCUCGAUCUAUCAUUGUUCUCUCUCGCACAGAUGAUGAGCUCUCUACAUAGAGAAGUAGAGAAGAGAGAUUUGUUUAGCCAUGUGCAAGAUAAUUAUGAUGAUAAAUGAUGAUGAAAUUUCUGAAUUCUGUGUGCGUUGUUCAAUCUAUGUCUUUGCUUUGUGUUCUUUGUUUUUAUCAAAGAGAUUAUUCCUCAUGAUAUUUAUUUA